CACUGUCAGAGUAUCGAGUAACCUAAGCAAAUAAACAAAAUUUAUUUUGCUUUAGUGAUUGCGGGCACCGAACAGGCAUACAAUGUGCUAAAAGCUGUUUCUGCAAAUUGUGGUUUUUUAUGACCAGGAGAAGUCGCAGAAGUCUAAAUCACAGGCAAAGGCACAGCACAAUUCGUUGCUCACCAUGGGCUGAGCAUAGCAGCAGGGAAACAUCACAUAUGGAGUGCAGCCUAUUCGAAUUGUAGUCAGAUUUUCGACACAUUUUAUACGCACAAGAGGCUAAUUUGAAAACGCUAAAUGUAAACACUAUCGAAGCACAAUUGAAAACAUGUGAUAAUAGCUGAUGAAGCACAGUAUUACACCUGCAGAGACUUGCAUGAGCAGCUAACGCCUAGGAUUCCCAACAAACACAACUCGAAUAUAAACUUAUUUACCUCACUGCAUCCACACAAUUGUACAUCAUGCAGCAGAGUGGAACUGGCAGUGAGGAGCGCAUUACCGGCAGUCCACGCAGCGCACAAAAGACUAGCACCUUGUUUGGGCUGUUGAGCAAGCGGCCCAGCAAGGUGGAGCCACAUCCUGUGACACCUGAUUCCCCAAAAUCUCAGCGACGACCAACGUCUGCUUGCGGACAAUAUGAUGUCAGCUUUGCCAAAUGCUCGGCGGAGUCGAGCAACAAUCACAAGAGCCAAACGUUGCCAGCCAACGCUGCCAAUUGCAAUGCCACGCAGAUGCUGGAUAAAUCGCACAGUGGACUAAUAAGCUUCCAUAGACGGGGCAAUCCAACGUCAAAGAGCAAAUCUCACACUCAUCGGUAUAGCGAUACGGGCUCCCAAAGCGAUGGCGGCGCUGACGUCGUAAUGCGUCGCAAGUCGCCUAAGAAGCGUUCGCCCAAUCACAAUAGGUUCAGCCAUCAGUUCAGCCUGUGCUGCAAGGCUGAGAAGAAGCCCAUGACGCCACCGGUCUCUGUGCGCUAUAAUUCGAUACCCGAUGCCGUGGUUAAUGCAACGGCAAGCAACGUGCUGCGGCGCGACAAUCUGUCGCUCAGCUGGAGCAUGAUGGAUAAUUCGGGUUCGAUGAAUUCGCAUUCAAGCGAAGGAGCUGCUUCGUAUCAGCGCCCGCGACCAUCGAGCGAGUGCGCCAGUGCACCCGAAUCUCCAGUGGCCAGUAAAACCUUCUUUGAGCAAAGCGGCGCAAGCGCCACCGGCUCUACGCACCAGCAUUUGCACUACUCUCCAUCCAGUUCAUCCAAUAAGAGUGACACCGUGAAUCGGGCACCCAUUCGACCCAUCGCUGUGUCUGCUUGUCGUUCACGAUUGCGCCUCAAGUUGUUUCCGCCUGGUCAGGAGCUGCCGCCUCUGCAUUCAGAGGAGAGUGCAGAAACUUUGAAGCGUGCCACAACGCCGCAGCACAUGUCCUCGCCGAACAUUGCCACACAGCCGGAUACGCUGGAUGUGGGCAUCCAGGAGAUGCCUGGUAUGCGUUUCAUGUCGCACGAGAACAUGACGCUGCGUCGCCAAGGAUCUGGCUCCAAUUUGGCUCGCCAGGCAUUGAUGGCAGCGCAGGCAUUGAAUCUCAUACCGGCGGACAAAGCACGGGAGCGUAGCUAUCUGGACGGACGACUGGGCUCAUCCUCGCUGUUGGGACCAAGCGAACUGAGUCGCGUGCUCCCCCAAAAAGAGGUCACCAUAUUCGUUGGCACCUGGAACAUGAAUGGCCACAGUCCACCCAAACAAAUGAACGAUUUUGUGCUACCUUCGAAUGUGGAACAUGUGCCCGACCUGGUUGUUAUGGGCACUCAGGAGUCCACGCCGGAUCGUUUUGAAUGGGAAGUGACGCUGCAGGAGACGCUGGGUCCGUCGCACGUGCUUUUCCAUUCGACCACACUCGGCACCCUUCAUCUGGCUGUCUACAUGCGGCGUGAUCUCAUUUGGUACUGUUCGGCGCCUGAGGAUGCUUCGAUGUCGGUGCGCACGGGCUCGGCAUUUCGUACCAAGGGCGCUGUGGCCAUCUCGUUUUGCCUGUUCGGCACAUCCAUGCUAUUCGUGACUUCCCAUUUAACCGCACAUCAGCAGAAGGUGAAGGAGCGUGUGUCCGAUGUCAAGCGCAUUAUAAACGCAUUGGAUCUGCCCAAAAAUCUGCCAAACAUGCGUCACAAGAACAAGGAUGUUACGCAGAACUUCGACAAUGUGUUCUGGUGUGGCGACCUAAACUUUCGGCUGGGCGAGCCACGCGAGAAGCUACUCGAGUGGAUACAGAAUACUAAAUUUCCGUUACCCUCGCAUUUGCCACAUGGUUACAUGCACACGGAUCAGCUCUCGUCGGUGCUGGCCGAUGGCGCUGCCUUCCGUGGCUUCAUGGAGGCAAAUAUUACAUUUCCGCCAACAUAUAAGUAUGAUCCUGGAAGUCAGAAUUUUGAUACGUCUUCUAAGCAGCGUGCGCCUGCUUAUACGGAUCGCAUUCUCUACAAAUACCGUCAGGUGCAGGGAUUAGUCAUACGCCGACAGAGCACUGUGCCGGGUGUAUCUACGCCCACGCAGCCUUACGUCCAAUGCUUGCUGUACGAUUCUGUGCCGUCUAUAACUACAUCUGAUCACAAGCCAGUGUGGGCUUUGUUUCGCACACUCAUCCGUGCUGGCACCGAUGCUAUACCCCUUGCUGCUGGCCUGUUUAGUCGCGACAUUUACUUGGAGGGCAUGCGUCGUCGUCUGAAUAAUCAAUAUACGGGCGCCUCCGCUGUCUGUGCCAUUCAGUAAAAGCAACAAAGUACUUAUAUAUAUAUAUACAUAUAUAAUAUCCUAAUAUCUAAAUCUAUUCAGUGAAAAAUGCUAGUCAUGUUAACUAUACCAAAUCAGCUUAUAAGCUGUCCCAAUGCUUUACCACGGUUGUGUGUGGCCUUUAUAGCAUAGUCGUUAGUUAGUCGUUAAAUUCUGUAGUCGAAUACCGAAUACUCUACUUGAUACCAUGUUCGAAUAUAUGUAUAUUUAGUUGAUAGGCGCUGCCGUUGCCUUGAGGCCUUAAUGUAAAACGUUCCUUGCGAAAUAGGGGCGCAGUCAUAAUGGAAUCUAAUUAUAGCCCAAGCAUUAGUGUAUAGGCUAGUUGAAUCUAUUAGCUAAUAAUUUAGUGCAAAUAUAAAUGAAGUGAAAAGUUGAAUGUGAAUAAUAUUAAAUAGCAGUAAAUAUAC